AUGGCAUCUGAUUCAAUUUUUCAAGGUUAUCCAAAAACCAGAUCUUUAUCAGUAGAAAUUCAAGGUGCUGAAAAACAAGAGUUAACAAGCUCUCUGGUUAUUCAAAAGUUACAAAUUGAAUUAAGACAAUUGGAAACAUUACAUCAAGAUAAAGCUCAAGGCUUAGAAAAAGUUAAACAAGAAUUUGCUAGAUUGGAAAUCAAUUAUAGAGAAACUUUGGAAAUUGUUGAAGAAUUACGUGAAGAGAUUAAACGUCGUGAUGCAUUGGCUCAAUUGGAAGUUAUGUCUGUGAUAGCAUCGUCUGAUUAUGCUUAUACUGAUGGUGGUUAUUCUCCCACAAGUAGUGAGGCCAAUCAACAAGAUAUUGUGCAAAGGCUCAGAGAAGAAGUUGAUAUGCUUAAAGAAGAUCAACUAAGAACUAUCGAAUUGUUGGAAGGUCAUGAAAUUGAUUACUACAAAUCAUUUGAUCAUGAAAGAUUAAAAACUUUAAUAGAUCAAUUAAAAUUGGAAUUAAAUCAAAAAAAGAAAAAUCAAGAUCAAUCGUCAUCGUCAUCAUCAUUACAAAUUGUUGUAGAAUCAGAACGAAGAAAACAACAAGAGAAACGAAGUUCUCUUUCAAAAUUAAAGGAUUCCGGCGAGAAUGAAGUGACAAAACAAUUGAAAGAUUAUAUUGAAAAACUUCAGCAAGAGAUUGAAACUAAAAAAAUUUCUGAAGAGGAGGCAGAACAACGACGAUAUUCAGAAAAACGCGAUUCAGCAUCUACAACUGCCACUUUAACCAAUGAUGAAGAUGAAGAAGAACAACUUGAAAUUGUCAAAUUAGAUGUUCAACAAAAAUAUGAUUUAAUAGAAAUUUUGAAAAAAGAUUUACUAAAUAAAACUUGGUUAGAACAAAAGCUCAAGCAAAAAGAGAUUCAAGCUUUAUUAUUUAAAAACAAGUUGAUCCAAGUUCAUAAAGAAGAAGAAGACUUGAAGAAUGAAAUUAGAAAGUUACAAAUGAAAUUACAACAAUUAGAAAAUGGCGAUGAUGUGGAUCAAUUGUUAAAGCAAGAACUGGAAAGUUUAAAAGCCGAGCUGAAACAAGCAAGCGAGAGAGAAUCUUUAGCACAAGAAAAAUUACGAAAAUUAAAGACCAACUCAUUGAUCUCCAAUCAAGAUCAAAUACAACUUGAAUUACAACUAGGAAACUUACGUAAUAACGAGAUCAUACAAAGAGAACGUAUUAAUGUUUUAGAAUCCAAGAUUUUAGAAAAAGGUGUACAAUUAGAUGAAUACUUGCUACAAUUGAAGAAUGAUUUAACAAUCACAAAAGAAUCCAAAAUAAAUUAUAUUCAAACCAUAGAGAAUUUAGAAAUAGAAUUAAAUAAAGUUGAAAAUUUGACUCAAUUUGAGAAACUCGCAUCAGAAUUACAAGACUUAAAAGUUAGAGAAACAAAACAAUUAGAAAUAAUAAAAAAUUUAGAGAGUUAUCUAAACAACCAAAUGAAGAUAUCCAAUGAUUUUGAUCAAUUCCAAAAAUUAUUUGAAGAAAUCAAAGAUUUGCUGUAUAAAAAUAAUGCCAAUGAUGACAAUUCAUGGGAUCAAGAAAAACAAGUUAUGGAAUUAAAGAAUUCUGAAUCAAGUCUAAAAAAAAUCAUUCAAGAUUUGGAAUUCAAGAUUACAACAACGCAAGAAGAAAUACAAUUAUAUAGUUCAAUGAAAGAAGAAGUUGAUAUGUUGAAGAAUCUUGAGAUUCAACAAAAAUCUCAAAUAGAAGAAUUAAAAUUGCAACUUGAUAUAAUCAAAGCUUCAAAAAAUGCAGUCAACAAAGAAUUAGAAAGAUUAAAACAAGAAUUUAAUCAACAAUCAAAUAUAGUGGAGUCUUUAGAGACUGAUUUAAAAUUUUUAAAAAUAGAACUGGAAAAAACUAAAGAAAGUGCCAAUGAAAAAACUUUGGAGUUGGAAGAAGUUUCUAAUUUGUUGUCUGAUGUUCAGAAAUCCUAUGAAGAUGAAAGAAAGAAAGCAAAUACAUUGGGAAUUGAAUUUGAAAUAUUAAAACUUAGUGGCAACAGUAGUAGUGGUGGUGUUAGUAACGAUGCUAGAAUAAUGAAUUUGACGGAUGCCUUAACUAAAGUUAAACUCGAAAGAAUGGAACAAGAUGAUCUUUUGUCUGAAUUAGAAAAACAAUUAAUGACUGUUGAAAAAGAUAGAGAUGCUCAAAUGCAAAUCUCAAACGAGCUAAAAGAAGUAAUCGAAGAACAAGAGGCUAACCACCAAGAAAUUGUUUUGGAACUUGAAACAAAAUUACACAAUUUAGAAGAAGAAUUGGUAAAAUCACAAGAUUCAACAAUCAUUAGCAGAGAAAUCAUAACAAGUUUGGAAGAAAAAUCGCUUAGGAUACAAUCUUUGUUGGAAGAAACAAAAAAUUCCGAUAAGAAAAAUUCUAUUUUAAUUAAAGAUCUAGAAUUCAAGUUGCACAAAGCCAAUAAUAUCCUAAAAGAGAAAGAGAAUCAAUUGUCAAGUCAAGAUAUACAUAUUUAUGAGUUGGAAGCAUUAAUACAAAAAACUCAACUAGAAAUUGGGCAUGCAAAAAGAUCAGAAUUAGAAGCUAGUAAGAAUGUUAAGGUGUUAAAUGCUAAAAUCACAGAGGUCAACAAAUUAUUAUUACAAAAUGAUCCUUCGAUAACAGAUCUUGAAAACGCCAGAAAAUUAGCAUCAGAACAAUCCAAGCUAGUAAAACAAUUAGAGGUUAGACUUAGUUUGACAGCUAAUCAUGAAGAGGGUGAUAGGAUAGAUGAGAUUGUUUCAGGAAUGAGGUUAGAGUUGGAAGAAGCACGAAAUUCCGAAAUCACAAAAUCUAAAUUGAUUAAAGAAUUAGAAGGCACAUUGGAAUGCAAGAAUUAUAAUAUUAAAGAGUUAGAAAUGGCAAUUAAUAAUUCAAAAAUGGAGCUUGAAAAGGUUAAAGGGUUGGAAUCAAAACAUUUGAAUUUGAUCAAAAAGUUAGAGUUCAAACUUCAAGAAAUUGAAUUGAAACGUAAUGAUGAACUUACUAACUUGCACGUAGCUAAUAAAGAAAUUGAUUCGUUAAAGAAUUAUUGCAAGGAAUUACAAAAACAAAUCGAAGAACCUCAAAAUAACUCUGUAAAUAAAAAUGUUGGAAGUCAAGAAAUUACUGGGGAUUUAAAUCAUCAACUUAAACGAGCAAACGGACAAAUUAAAACAUAUUUAAAACAAAUAUCCGAGUUACAAAAAAUUAUUCAAGAACUUAAAUUAGAAAAAUAUGUAAAGAUCGAAGAAAAUUCUGAAUUAAUAGAUGAAGUAAAUAAACUUCAACAAGAUUUAGAUUUAUUAUCUAAAAAAUUUUCUAUUUCAUCUUCCAAAUUCGAAAGUUUUGAUGAAUUAGCAAGAAGACAACAGCUUAGAAUAGAAGAAUUGGAAAUAAAACUGAAAAAAGCUGAAAAAUUGAACCAAGCUAUAUCAAUCCGAUUAUCUAAUCCAGAAUUUGUUAAGCUUACUGCUACGUAUGAAAGUUUAAGGACUAUAAAUAAUAAUCUUAAUUCAAAGGUCAUGGAUUUAAAUGCACAUGCCAGUAAAUUAAUUGAGAAAAAUAAAACUUUACAAAAUGAAUUAACCAGCUUUAUCAAUAUGAGUGAUAAACCAACAUUCAAUGAAAUGAAAGAAAAAAUCAAAGAAUUAGAAUUGGUAAAAGAAGAAUUAGAGGAAAUAAACAAAAAAUUCUUCCAAGAAUGUGUAACACUCGAUCAGAAGAUUCAAACUUUAAUGGAACAAUCAUGGUCAGUAAAUCAUAAUGAAAAUUCACAUAUAGGCACACAUUUGUCUGAAUUAAAUGAUCAAAUAACCAUUAAAGAAAACGAUCUUUUAAGUUUAAAACUUAAAACAUCGAAGGAGUUCAUCCAAAUGGAAAAUGAAGUUGCUAGACUUCUUAACGAUAAUGAAAAUUUUAAACAACAAUUAAAAGAAUGGAGCUUAAUAAAUUCUAAAAAAUUAAAUUCAAAUGAUAACUUGUCUGGAAAUUAUAUGAGAUCACAUCAGGAACAAAUUCAACCAUUGCCACCGAUUCCAUCAUCAUCUACUUCUCAAAAUCCAACAUAUUCACCGAAACUAAAUUUACGUAGACCUUCACUACAAAAAAUAGAUUCAUAUUUCCAAUCGAGGCAUCAAAAUUCUUACGAGUUUAGUCCAGGAACAGCAGAAUCCCUGUUAGAAAUACAAAAAUUACAUAAAAAGAUAAUAAAAAUCGAAGCAGAAAGUCUACAAAACAAACAACUAGUUGAAACCUUGGAGAAUUCAUUGAACGAUAAUGAGACAAGUCUUGAAACAACAAAACAAGAAUUGUCUGCAGUACAAACUCAAAAGAAUGAACUUAUGAACCAAAUCAAAGUUCUAAAUGCUCAAUUAACUCAGGCAAUUGAAGAAGUAGAUAAAACUAAAAUGAAUGUUAAAACUGAAAAAUUAUUUAUGGAAAAGAAUUUGGAAGAAGAAAGACAAGCAAAAGAACGUUCAGAGGCUGCUAGAAUAGCAUUGGAACGUCAAUUAGAAAGAUUACUGGCCAAGAAACAUAAAUUUAUGUGUUUCUAA